CCUCUAAUGAUGGGUCAGCUGCCACCUGGGGGGAUGCCCCCACCUGUGGUUCAGUUGCCACCUGGGGGCAUGUCCCCAGCUGUGCUUCAGCUGCCACCUGCGGGGAUGCCCACAGUUGUCAGUCAGCUCCCAGCUGGGGGGAUGCCCCCAAACUUUGGUCAGCUGCCAUCUGGGGGGAUGCCCACAGUUGUCAGUCAGCUCCCAGCUGGGGGGAUGCUCCCAAACUUUGGUCAGCUGCCACCUGGGGGGCAGCAGUUACCCCUGGUCACGCUCCUACCUGGAGAGAUGAAGCCAGGUAUGCCUGCCCCCCGCGCCCCUGCCCGCUGCUGGGAACAUCCCCUGGUGGCAGGGACGCAGCAGCCCCAGCAACCGAUGGAGCUGCGGCCUGGGGCUGUGUUGCACGGGGAGCCCCCGCAGCCCGCAGACAGCUGCCCGCCGCAGGGCCCCGACCGCCCCGGCCCCUCAACAGUCCUCCGAGGAGCUCCAGUGUGCCCCCGUCCCACCACGGCUCCGCUCACCUGCAGCACCGCAGCGCUGGAAUCAGGUGCAGCGACAACGAGCUCAGACAUCCAGGAGGACAUCACUGACUUCAAUGCCCUCCUGACUUGGAUGAACAACGAAGUGGCACCCAAAACAGAGGUCCCGGAUGACGUCCCGGAUGAUACGCCGGACAUGGAUGAGCUCCUGGCUUGGAUGAACAACGAAGCGACAUCCAACACAGAGAUCCCGGACAACAUCCCGGACAUGGAUGACCUGCUCACAUGGCUGAACACCGAAAGGGCGAGUCCUCAGGAGGUCCCCCAGCAGAACCAGGACCCUGUUGAAACUGAAACAAAGGGGACCGAAGGUACUGACAUUGCUGAACAGGAAAGUCUUCACGAUGAGCUGCUACCUGAACUAGACAGCCAGGAAAGGGCAGAGCUGCUGCGGUGGAUCGAUGCCACACAGCCACCGA